AUGCUCAGCGUACUCAUCAUUAUCAAUUAAAACUAAAACUGGAAUACUUUAUGCAUGAAUUAGAUGAUUAUGCAACGUACUGGUUUAUAUUUGACUCAUUGCACAUUUAUGAUUUUGUUUCCAUUUAUAGUAUGAAGCUUCGGAUAUUUUUGUGUCAUAAAUGUCAUUGACUGAAAGAGCUUCGGAAUACUAAAGCAAACAAGUACUAAAUUUUAUCAUACCUGAAUUUUGUAUCAAUUUCGCUAUUAUUUCUACGUAUACAAAUUUCUGUAUUUGUGUUUUGUAUGAAGUAUCUUAAAGCGUUUCAAGACUUGUAAUUAAUCAUUGUCAGUGGUCCAAAGUCAAAUUUUAGUAAUGAAUUGGUCGCAAAUUGUCGUUUUUACCAUGAUAAUUCUUGCUCUUUCAAAUUAUAUUCUAAAUGGAUUUUACCUGAAGUUUACCCGGCGAAAUACGGAUGAAAGUGCCACGAGUGAAUCACCCUAUAUUGUAAACGGAAUAUUUUGGUCCGAUCUUGCCGAGUCGUAUGUUCCGAAAGGUUUAUCAUUUGAUGAAUGUGUCAAAUACACUGUCCACUUGCAAAGACAGGCUGUAGAAAUAUCAACAAAGUCAACUAUGGGUGUAUGCGGUCGGCAGCUUAAUGCGCUCAUAAAACUUAAGGAUGGAACAUCAAUGUGUGCCAAAUACAGAGGGAAAUACAAAGCAUACGGUGAAGUGUUGACAUUCUAUCUGUCACGUUUACUUAACAUGAACAACGUCCCAUUAGUAUUUCUCGUAAAAACAAAUGCAACGUCAGUUUUCUGGAAACAAGUGAACAUAUCGUCACUAUCAUGGGAAGAAGAUCAAAUUGUGACAUUGAUUGAGUGGAUCAGUAAUACGUAA